CGGCUUUGAGCUCCUGGCUUUGUAUUGGCUCAGCCUUGUGAGCAUGCUUUGUGUGUGUUCUUUUCUCUCAUUACUCCAGUUGUUAUCUUACCAAGGCCCCCAACGGCCCUGUUGGGGAGGGACCAUGCUGUCAUCUUGUAGGUGAGAAAGCAGACCCAGGGAGGUGGCUAACUGACUGGGCUCAUGAAGCCACUGGGAUGCCAGAUCGAUGCCCUUGCUUCUAGCCACUUGGCUGGACUGCCUCUGAAAAGGCUGUGGGAGGGACUGGAGUGUGGGGCUCUGAGCCCAUGCAGAGUAGAAAGUAUUUGUGGGUAGAAGCAGCCACAGGAGGCCGGGAGCUGGACAGCGAGCAUCACCUGCCCCAGCAAGAGUUCCAGUGUGUGUGUGUGUGUGUGUGUGUGUGUCAGGUGUCGUGGGAGACACAGUCCCAGCAGAGAUCACCUGUAGGGGAUAGGAGCUGCGUGACCUAGCCCAGCUCCCAAGCCUCCCUAGCAGUCCCUCUGGAGGGCUUUGGACAGACAGUGUCUGAGGCUGACCAGGGGCUAAUAGGCCCUAGGGAGGGUCAGGCCAGGGCAGGAGGAAGUGCAGAAAAAUGCCAGGCAUCUGAGAGGUCAGGAAGCCUGGAGGCUGUUUGGGGUAGUAGCAAAGGGAACACCAGUGACCUUGGAUGCUUUGGCCAUUUGGAUCAGAAGGAGCGGAAGUGGCUUUGGAAGGGGGCCAGAAAUGGGCUGAGCAGGAAGAAACGGGAGAGUGGGGACAUACAGGCGGCGGAGGGAUGAACAGGAGAGAGGGGACAUGCCAGACGUCAGAAGGAGGAUGUUUGCUGCAGGGCAGGAAUGGGUAGAGAUGAGCAAGGCCAACUGCCAUUGAUUGGCAUUGCCUGCAGGGGACCAUGUGUUGAGAAACAAUCAGAGGCAAACAGAGCUGUGAUCGAUUAGCAAUGUCUGCUCAGGACCUGGGGUGAUGGCGCCUGUUGGGACCUCCGCAACCUUUCCAGCUUCCGCUGGUUUCAGGUUGUGCCGGUCUGAGACUCUUGGCCUUGGGUGUCAGGAAGACCUGAUUCCAAGCUCCAGGCUCUUCUCCCUGGUGUUUGACCCAGAUUAAGCCUCAUGGAAAGGCAGUGUGGUUCCAAUGUUCAAGACUUGGAUCUUUUGAACUUCAGUGGCCUCAUCUGUGAAAUGGGAGUGAAGGUGCCACUUGCAAGGUGUCUGCAGGUAUCCGAGUGGCGAUCCCAGCGACAGCUCUGUCACUGAGACCUCUCUCAGGCAGCAGUCUAGACGUCUGUUCCUGUAGGGAACAGGGGCCGAUGGGAUCCCUGGGAACUGUCCUCCUGGUGCCGCCUGGUGCUCCCAGCUGAGUGAUGGCCGUGACAGCACCUUGUCCAGACCCCCGUGAGGACUGCGUCUCCUCCCACAACCCUGGGCUGCCUUGGGUGGGAUGGGGUCAUAGUGCCUCCCCAAUCCCUUUGAGGACUGCUGAAAAGGUCAUAGGUCACAGUUUCUUAAAACAGAAUGUUCUGGAGAAUGUUAAGCCUCUAUUAAAAGUCACAACAAUGGCAGUGGAGAGGGCCCCGGUGCCCCUCACUGGGUUUUGCUGGGGACAGCAGCUGGGCGCUGGGCUGGGUGAGGUCCCUACCCAGCAGGGCCGAAGAUGUGUCCUAUCCCAUUCUCCCACGCAGAGCUGCCCGAGAACUGGACGGAUACACGGGAGACGCUGCUGGAGGGCAUGCUGUUCAGCCUCAAGUACCUGGGCAUGACCCUGGUGGAGCAGCCCAAGGGUGAGGAGCUGUCAGCCGCUGCUGUCAAGAGGAUUGUGGCCACGGCCAAGGCCAGUGGGAAGAAGCUGCAGAAAGUGACUCUCAAGGUAUCGCCUCGGGGCAUCAUCCUGACUGACCACCUCACUGACCAGCUCAUUGAGAACGUGUCCAUUUACAGGAUCUCGUAUUGCACAGCAGACAAGGUGCACGACAAAGUGUUUGCAUACAUCGUCCAAAGCCAACACAGCGAGAACCUUGAGUGCCAUGCCUUCCUCUGCACCAAGCGUAAGAUGGCGCAGGCUGUCACCCUGACUGUAGCCCAGGCCUUCAAAGUCGCCUUCGAGUUUUGGCAGGUGUCUAAGGAAGAGAAAGAGAAGAGGGAGAAAGCCAGCCAGGAGGCGGCAGACAUCCUGGGGGCACGCCGGGAGAGCGCCCCCUCGUCGCUGAAGAACCCGGUUGCCACCGGAAACCUGCUGGACUUGGAAGAGACGGCCAAAGCCCCGCUGUCCACGGUCAGCGCCAACACCGUGCAUGCAGGCGACGCUCCGCGGCCUCAGGCCUUGAGCAGCAGUGGUGUUAUCUGGGAACUGGAUGACGGCCUGGAUGAAGCAUUCUCAAGGCUGGCCCAGUCACGGACAAAUCCUCAGGUGCUGGACACCGGCUUGACAGUGCAGGACAUCCACUAUGCUCAGUGCCUGUCACCUGUUGACUGGGACAAGCCUGACAGCAGCGGCCCUGAGCAGGACGAUGUCUUCACUUUCUGAGAGCCCCAGGAGGACAUGACCAGCCCUAAACACGUGAUGGACCAAAGCUGCCACGGCAGGGGAGUCAGCUCUGAUGCCAGCCGGCCCAGCCCCUCCAGUCCACAGCACCAGCAGCCCGUGGAUCAAAGCCGCAGCCAGCCAAGUGGAGGGAGAGAGUUUUUUUUAACCUGCUCUUGCUCUCAGAACUGAGAGAUGCCUGGAAUAUUUAUUCAGUGACUCGCGGUUUGUGCUGGGAAGCCGGUUUUGCAUCAGGCGUGGCUGCCACUGAUCCCUCCCAGUGCAGGGACCAGUCCACUCUGCCCGAGCAGGCCACCCUAAUCAGGGUGUCAGGACCAUGACCAAAGCAUUCCUUGUCCCCUCUCUUCUUUCCAAGGAACCUGAAUUUCCCUGGAGGUCGGGUUCCCGUCAUCUUUGAGGCACAGGAGUACACCCCCAGCCUCUACAGAGAGCUGGGACCCCUUGCCCCCAGGGCCCUUGCAGAUAGAGGGAACCCCCCCACCCCCGACCAAAGAUGGCCCCCCCCCCAGCCCAGCACUUUAAAAGUACGCAUGGUGCUUGCACCCAGGGCUGCCUUGUGGAACUGGGUUGAACAGAGCUUUCCUUCCUGCCCUGCCUCUGGAAGAGGGGCCCCUUGCUCAGGGCCCUGGGACUCAGUGUGCCCAGUUGCCUGGCUGCCCAGCAGCCCUGGCAGGAUGCCGGUCACUGCCUUCCCAUUGGAUGAUGCUGCACCUCCUUCUCUCGUGUCUGUCAUGUCCGAGCUCCCUCCCUGGGUCCAAGUGUGAAACCUCACACCUGCCUGCCUCCAGAGGGACCUCUGGCCUGUUUUACAGGUGAGGAAACUGAGGCUGCAUGCAUGGAAGGGGUCAGGAGUCGAGCCCCAAGCUGAAGCCAAAGCUGCCUCUUCCCACUGCCGCUGCUGCCUCUCCCUGCUCACACUGCCUUUUUUUUUUUCCCUCCCUUUUUCUUUUCUAGCUUUGUUGUCCUCCCGGGAACCAAAAAACCCCAGCUAUUUUCUGACCAAAAUGUGUUUCAUAACAGACCAUCUGGUGCCUUUCCACUCAAAACUGGCAGGAGCCCACAUGCCCGGCGAGCCGUCUCGCUGCUGAUUGCCGUGGCAGUGCAAGUGUCUAAAGUCAGCUAACCCAGAGGGUGGAACAAAAUCCAACUCCACGAGCAAUGCACAGUUCUCUUUCCUAUUGCCGCCACCCCGGCUUGGGCACACUGACAGCCAUCUGCCCCCUGGAACCUCUCUUCCUGGUCUCUGACCCCGGGCACUGCCGGGAGCCCCAUUUCCAUCCGGUGGCGCCUCCCAGUGGCCUGGCCUGUGGGAGCGGUUGACAGCAGCCCCAGGGGAAGCAGAGUUUGGGAGAAUCUGCUUCUGUUGAGUGGAGUGCGCAAUGGCACACAGGCUGGGGACUUCUGGACCCGUCCCAGCUCCUCGGACCCAGCUCCCAUGCUGACCUCCCAGGAGCCACCUCUGUGUUUGCUGUGAGGAUGCAGAGAUGGAUGAGAACCUGGCCAUCUUGGGCACGAGGGGGCCUAAAGAAAAUGGCAGGUACACGCAGGACCUUCAGCCCAGUCUCCUGCCACUGCCGCCCACAUGAGUGCAAGCACGUCUCAUGCUUUACUCUGCCAUGGUGUAAGGGAAGUCCUAAUGAGGACAAAACCAAAUAAUAAACAUUCUGUUUUAGAACUUCGGGCGGUGUUUGAUGGGCUGGUGGGAGGGUGGUGCCCAGUGGCCACUGCCCUUUGCUGCUAGGUGGGAGCAAAAGUGACCACAGGCCUGGGCGGGCCAGCAAGCCUGCUACAGCACCACCCAAGGGAGGUUCGUGGGUUUAGCCUUGGUUUGUGGCCCAGUGGGGCCCUCCCAGAGGAUGGGCGGGUAUGCGAUGAAGUCAUUCCCGGAGGCCACAUCUGUCAGCCAGUUAAGCAGCACUGAGCAGGCCGAACUCCGUGGGUCCCAGGGAGGAUGUCACAUUCUCCAGUGGAUCCGUGACGCUUUUGCCUCCCGCCAGCUGUAUGCAGGCAGGGCCCCCAGGCUGCGUGGCUCUUGGGGUUGGGGGCGUAUGUUUCCCUGACUUGGGAGAUCUUAGUCCAGCUCUAGUUCUGCAGUGGGGUUGGCCACAUCUUUUCCUAGAGUCUCAGUUUUGUCACCUGUGACUAGGGUGUAGGUGAGUGUGAUUGCCACGGUGAUAAGGGGCAUACUCAGAUAGCCCCAAGGUGAACUCAGAUCCGGAAGUGGUUUGGACCACAUGCUGCCACUGCCUAGGCUGUUGCCCUUUGCGAAAUGGUGGUGAAUUCAAAGUUCAGUGCCCAGUUGAGUGAGCUUCCUGUGCUGCCUGGGGUGCAAGGGCACACAGCAAGCGGGCAGUCCUCAUUCUGUGGGCUGCCACUGCCUCCUGGGAGCCCGGCCUUAAAGGAAGGCCUGGUGACCUCAGGCCACUGCCCAUGGUUGCCCUGAACCUCAGAACGGCUGUACCGUGGGGGUCUCUUUGUCCCUUUCAAAGCCAUAUUUAAAGUGUCGGGAGCCCAGAGGAAGCUCUCUGAUGUUGGCCACCAAGGACUCUGAUCGUAGAAGGCUAAGAAAUGUCUCCUUUCUUUUUCCUCCCUAAUCUGAAGAGACACCCAACAAGUUUGCCUUUCGGUUUAAAUUUGGCCGAUGGCUUUGGUCUCUGGAAGUCACGCAUCAGGAGCAAGAGCUGUUUCUCACUUUUGAGAUGACUUUCAGCCUCACAGGUGGAUGUCAAAAUCUUGUCUCCCAAAGAAGUUUGAGCCUAGCCCUCCCCACUGCCCCCGGACUUUCCGGUAGCUCUGACCUGGGGCUCAUUCGGCAGCCCAGCUUCCCUCCUUUGUACACGUCCCUCCAGAGUGCAACAGACAUCCUGUUUGUUUACUAAGGAAAUAACCCUUGGUCUUUGUCCUUCAUGGCUAACAUCAGCAAAACUAGUCCUCGAGGCUGGGUCCUGGUUGGCUGAUCCCUGCCCCAUUUUCUAGAUUGGGCAACUUGAAGGUCCGAGUAGCUCAACCAGUUGACCAAAGUCUCACAGGAGGUGGGCCUGGGAUUUGAAUUUGGGUCUGUAUGAACCACCGAGCCCCUCCUUGCAGAGCACAAGACAGGCAGUCCCAGCUGCCCACAACCCACUUUGCCCGAACAGCAGCUCCAGCCGUGGGCAGCCCCAGGAGCUGCCAGUUCAGGGCUCUGGACACAGGCAGCAGCUGGAGCAAACCUUUCCCACUCUUCCCAGGCCCUUCCCCUUCAGGGCUGCUACCCUGAACAGGCCCCAUUGGAAAGCUCAGCAGGGCCACAGCUCAUCCUCUUGGGCCCCCGUCCUACCCCCGCACCGUUGCCCAGCCUUCCGCUAGGUCCCUGAGUGCGCUUUGGAGA